UUAUACAGGUGAUUUUUACACGACAAGAUGUGCAAUAUGCGAACGAGGUUGUCCUUAAACACGUAAUGACAGGGUACGACCAAAGAUUUUGUCUUCCACUUGAUAACCUUUCAAUCACUCGAGCCCGAACCACCCAUGUCGAAUCGCACAACAAACUCGACACCGGACCCGGAUCCGACCGCCAUGACCGUACUGAUUGCGGGGGACCACACGAGGCGGAUUCGGUGAUCGCCGAAGUGGGAAGUGUUAGGAACGAGAGUGAUGGUGAUGACGAUGAUGACGAUGACGACGAUUGGGAAGGGGUGGAGUGUACGGAGCUGGAUGAGGCGUUUAGUAUGGCGGCGGCGUUCGUGGCGGCUGCGGCGGCUGAUCGAUUGUCGCAGAAAGUGUCGAGUGAUGUGCAGUUGCAGCUUUACGGUUUGUACAAGAUUGCCACCGAAGGACCUUGCACUGCUCCUCAGCCUUCCGCGUUGAAAAUGACGGCUCGUGCUAAGUGGCAGGCAUGGCACAAAUUAGGUGCUAUGCCUCCAGAAGAAGCAAUGGAGAAAUACAUUGACAUCGUUACAGAGCUUUAUCCAACUUGGGCUGCUGGUUCAACUAUGACCAAAGGUGGGGCUGAUAAUGCUGAAAGUAAAGAUGUCAAAGGACCAAUGGGACCAGUUUUCAGCUCUUUUGUAUAUGAAGAGGAAUCUGGAAAUGAGUUGAAAAUGGAUGCUAUUCAUGCUUUUGCCAGGGAAGGAGAACUGGAUAAUUUGCUUAAAUGCAUUGAAAGUGGUGUUUCUGUGAAUUUGCUAGACAGUGAAGGCCGGACCCCAUUGCAUUGGGCUGUUGACCGUGGCCAUCUUAAAAUUACGGAAGCGCUUAUUAGCAGGAAUGCUGAUGUGAAUGCUAAGGACAAUGAAGGCCAAACCCCCUUGCAUUACGCUGUUGUGUGUGAGAGGAAAGAUAUUGCUGAAUUUCUUGUGAAGCAAAAUGCAGACAAAGAUAUGAAGGAUGUUGAUGGCAACACUCCAGUUGACUUGUGUGAGUCAGAUUGGCCUUGGUUGCAACAUGCAGGCAGAGCUGAUUGACCCUUUGGUUUAUUCUGAGGUUGCUUUCUGCUAAAGAUAGUUCUUUUCAAAUUUCUCAUGGAUGUAUGUGGGCUAUAAGUAAACUUUUGUUCUUUUUCCAUCGUUAAAUGCUAUUGUUGGGCACUAUGUUGGUCAUUGAACUUUUCGGGGUGCCAACAUAAAAAAAAUUUGCAAACAACUGGUUCCCAAUCUUGUUCUGCAAGGUGGUAAAAUAGAGAUAGGUGAAUUAUUUAAUUUCAAUGUAUCACGAGUUACCGAUCCAGUAAAAGUUGAGAGCUUGGAUAGAGGCCUAGCUGGAGGUUACUGUGGAGUAUCCAGAGAACUUGGAUGUUUCCCUUCAAAGGGUUUGAGUGGAAUGUAUCAUAUAUACUGUUAUGUCAUGUGUGGGAUGUGAACAUUGAACCUACCUAUUGUUUGAUGUGACGGUAUAUGAGAUUAAAUUUAAAUGUAA